GAGGGCAAGAGGCUUUAAAAACUCUCCCCUCUCUCUUUCUCUAGACAACGCCACCCUCUCUCUCCUCUCUCCGGCGAGCCGAGAUCCGCCAAGCCCGACCCAGCCGACGUCCUCCGCCGCCUCUAAGGUUGCCAUCGUCUGCAGGCCGACAGCCCCUGCAAAACGGGCCCACCCGAUUCUGCCCAAAACUCUCGCCGUGAUUUCCUCGCCGUCGCCUCAAGGAUUUUAGCGCUUAUACGGUGGACCAAGCGCACAUUAGCAUCCCCAAACUCAUUCUCCAGAUCAAUUCAACCAAAAAUCUCCUCUUUAUAAAUCACCAUCUCCUCACACACAUUAUGGCAAACACAUUACGUUUGUAUUUGACGUGCAUAAGGAAUACUCUUGAGGCCGCAAUGUGCUUACAGAACUUUCCUUGCCAAGAAGUUGAGAGACAUAACAAGCCUGAGGUUGAGCUCAAGACCAGCCCAGAACUUCUUCUGAAUCCUGUUGUGAUCUGUCGGAAUGAGGCUGAAAAAUGUUUAAUAGAGACGUCCAUUAAUUCAUUGCGCAUAAGCCUCAAGGUAAAGCAGGCGGAUGAACUCGAAAACAUACUGACUAAAAAAUUUCUUAGAUUUUUGUCGAUGAGAGCAGAAGCAUUCCAAGUGUUGAGAAGAAAGCCAGUACAGUGCUUGAGACUUUCCAAUGUCCCACUCGCCUGUGAGAAAACUUUGGGUUAUGAUAUUAGUUUUCUUAUAACAAAUUACCACUGUGAGGAGAUGCAGAAGCACAAGCUCAUUGAUUUUAUUGUACAAUUCAUGGAGGAUAUUGAUAAAGAGAUAAGUGAACUUAAGAUGUCGGUGAAUACACGAGGAAGGUUGGUAGCAACAGAGUUCUUGAAGCAAUUUAUCUAAAGCUUUUGUAGAUUACCAUGUUGUAUACGGAUAUGUGGCUUUCAAAUUUUGUCCAACCAUUAUUGUUUAUUACCCCCUCUCCCUUGCAUUUUCUUUUCUCUGUGUUUUUCUGGUUAUCUAUCGAAGCACUUGGCUAGUAUUUGUUGCGAUAAUCAGCGAAUUUUGUCAUGAUUUUGGUGCUUUCAUUCCCUAUUUCUUAGAAUCUAAAGUGCUUAUCGAACAAGUCUUAGGAUGAAAGAUAUGGAACUUGAUCCUACAAUAUCAGAAUGGUUUA